AUGGUAUCUGCCUCUAUCACUAUAUCUGUAUCUAUCACUCUAAAUGUAUCUUUCUAUAUUACUGCAUCCAUACCUGCCUCUAUCACGGUAUCCAUACCUGCCUCUUUCACUGCAUCCAUAUUUGCUUCUAUAACUGUAUUUUUAUCUGCUUCUAUCAUUGUAUCUAUAUUUGCCUCUAUCACAAAAUUCAUUCACUUGGGUUUCUUUUUUUUCUCUCUUUCCUUCUGUUUUUCUUCUCCUUGUCUUUUUCUUCAAUCACUCUUUAAUAUUUGCUGUGAAUACAUCAGAUGUAACAAACCCAGAUUCAAACUUUUAAGAUUUGGUUUAGUUAAGGUCAUCAAAUUUCAUACUCAUGAAAUUGUUAAUGAGCAACCUGAUCCCUAUUAUUAUUAUUUGCUGGUACCUCGGCUUAGUUAUUUCCCCUUGGUAACAGACAAAGUCCAGAAAUACUUCCAAAAAUUUCUUGACACCGAAAAACCAGGCGAAUUCUGGCUAGAAUUUGAUGGACAGCCUUUGAAAUGGCAUUAUCCUGUAGGAGUGCUGUUUGACUUGUACGGAAGUGAAGAAAGUCUCCCUUGGAAACUCACAAUACAUUUUCAGAACUUUCCAGAAGAAGAGUUGCUUCAUUGUCCAAACAAAGAAGUGGUGGAGUCACAUUUUAUGUCAAUGGUGAAGGAGGCAGAUGCAUUGAAGCACCGUAGUUUGGUGAUUAACGGAAUGCAAAAGAAAGACCACAAACAAUUAUGGCUGGGAUUGUUAAAUGAUAAAUUUGAUCAGUUCUGGUCAGUCAAUCGAAAAUUAAUGGAGUCGGGAGAAGAAAAGUUUAAGUACAUUCCAUACAAAGCUUACAUGUCGGACGGCUCAUACAACCAACAACUGUUCAAGCCAGUUGAUGAGAAUGGGACAGUACAAGUUUUAGCCGAUUUGAUACGACAAACCUUACCAGAACUUGAUGCUGAAGAAAGCAAGUCCAAAGUACAGGUUAUAACUCAAGGCAUUGAGGUUCCAUGGGAGACACCAAUCCUUUGGCUUUGUGAACACCUCAGCUAUCCAGACAACUUUCUUCAUAUCUGUGUCCACCAAUAA